GAAGUGGGAAAAAUAAUAGAGCUACAGUUGAGCUGGAGAAUUGAAUGAUUCAGUUAGCGGCGAAGCUAAUUGUGUUGGGUUAAUACACGGCUAGCCUAUGCUAAGCUAAGCUAAGCUAAGCUAAGCUACGCUACUAGGGCAGGACCAGCGUCUUUCUGCUAUAAGGAUGGAUAGAAGCGAACGAUGACCGGGGAGAAGAAGAAGAAGAAGCGGCUGAACCGCAGCAUUCUGUUGGCCAAGAAAAUCAUCAUUAAAGAUGGAGGCAGUCCACAAGGGAUGGGUGAGCCGAGUGUGUACCAUGCUGUGGUGGUCAUCUUCCUUGAGUUCUUUGCCUGGGGACUCCUCACCACACCCAUGCUCACAGUGUUACACCAGACUUUCCCCCAGCACACAUUUCUGAUGAAUGGACUCAUUCAUGGAGUUAAGGGUCUCCUGUCGUUCCUCAGUGCUCCUCUGAUUGGUGCUCUCUCUGAUGUUUGGGGACGAAAAUCAUUCCUUUUGCUCACCGUCUUCUUCACCUGUGCACCUAUUCCACUAAUGAAGAUCAGCCCAUGGUGGUACUUUGCUGUGAUCUCAGUAUCAGGAGUGUUCGCUGUGACCUUCUCUGUCAUAUUUGCGUAUGUGGCUGACAUCACACAGGAACAUGAGAGGAGCACGGCGUACGGCCUGGUGUCGGCGACGUUUGCGGCCAGUCUGGUGACGAGCCCAGCGAUCGGAGCGUACCUGUCUCAGGUGUACGGGGACACACUAGUGGUGAUUUUAGCUUCAGCCAUCGCUCUGCUGGACAUCGGCUUCAUCCUGGUGGCUGUCCCUGAGUCACUGCCUGAGAAAAUGAGACCGGCAUCAUGGGGAGCUCCAAUCUCCUGGGAACAGGCCGAUCCCUUCGCUUCUCUGAGGAAGGUUGGUCAGGACUCCACAGUGUUGUUAAUCUGUAUCACCGUCUUCCUUUCUUACCUGCCUGAAGCUGGUCAGUACUCCAGCUUCUUCCUGUACCUGCGGCAGGUGAUUGGAUUCACCUCAGAGACAGUUGCUGCUUUCAUUGCAGUGGUGGGAAUCUUGUCCAUAUUAGCUCAGACAGUGGUGUUGGGGAUGUUAAUGCGCUCCAUUGGGAAUAAGAACACCAUCCUUUUGGGUCUUGGCUUCCAGAUCCUGCAGCUCGCCUGGUACGGCUUCGGCUCCCAGCCCUGGAUGAUGUGGGCAGCUGGGGCUGUAGCUGCAAUGUCCAGCAUCACUUUCCCAGCCAUCAGUGCCAUCGUGUCCCGAAAUGCAGAUCCUGACCAGCAGGGUGUGGUACAGGGGAUGAUAACAGGGAUCAGGGGGCUGUGUAACGGACUCGGCCCUGCGCUCUAUGGCUUUGUCUUCUACCUGUUUCACGUGGAGCUGAAUGAGAUGGAUGCUGCAGGAGGAGCUGAGAAAGGAACCAAACCCAACAUGGCCAAUCCCACUGAUGAGAGUGCCAUCAUUCCUGGUCCUCCCUUUCUGUUUGGAGCGUGCUCAGUGCUCCUCUCCCUGUUGGUGGCGCUCUUCAUCCCUGAACACAACGCGCUCUCUCUGCGGCCCAGCAACUACAAAAAACACAACAGCUCCACCCAGAGCCACGCCCAUACCCCUCAGGGUGGAGCCUGUGAAGGCAAAGAGCCUCUACUGGAUGACAACAGCGUAUGAUCCUUUUCACUGCCACUGCAAACACACAUCAGGGUGGAGCUUGUAGGAAAAGAGACCCUAUAAGUUUACAGCAGUGUGUGACUCCACCUACUGCCACCUCAGUUACAUCAGGGUGGAGCUAGUGAGAAAAAGCGACCUGCGUCUUGGACUGGUUCAGUGUCGGACUCCACCCAUUUCCCCCCUGACUCGUGUCCGGGUGGAGCCAGUAAGAGGGAUGGGCCUUUCUACUGGAAAGGUUUUGUGUGACUCCGCCUACCGUCACCUCACACAACAGGACGGUGCUCGAGGACCGAAUGACGGCACUAUUUGACUCCACCGAUUGUCGAUCAAUCAAACAUUUCUCCUGUGUUUUUGAGCUCAAAUACGUUAAAGGGCGGAGCUUGUGACAAUUCACACAAUGCUGCCAAACUCAUACAUGCACAAAACCCUUGGUGUUGGAGUCUGAGAGGAAAUUGGCUUUUCCUGUAUGCAUGACUCCACCCACUGACACCACACACAUAUCAGGGUGGAGUUUACAGAGGACCAGUUCUGUAUAACCCCACCCACUGUCACACUACAGCUUCAUCAUGACAGAUGUGUAUGACUCCACCCACUGCCCCUUCAAAUGCACCUCAGGGUGGAGUCAGAUACAAGACUUCACCCACUUUCACGUGUUGUGCCCGCAACACAUUUUUCACCAUACUGAGACCUCCAUCAGCUGACAGCACACUUCAGGACGUUGUGUGUGAAUGACGCUAGUGUAUACACAAGCCUACACACACACACACACACACACACGGUCUGGUGAAUUUUAUAGGUGUGUGUGUGUGUGUGCAUUUUGUUAAAAUGAGGCCAUAUCACUGCGGCUGUGUCCUGAAUGGUGCCCUACAGACACACGGCGCUUUGGUCAGUAGACAUUGUACAGAUUUUUAGAUAUUUCUAGACUGUUGUGGUGCAUUGUGGGUCAUUUUUGUUUUGAUAUUAGCUUGUCACAGUGCAUUAUGGGAUUUAGUCCACUUUAAUUGUGGAUCUAACAGAUGCCUGUUGUAGUAAACAGGUUUAAGACACACAGCAACUGUCAUACAAACUGCUGCCUUUGUUUACUAUGAGAUGUAAAUCUGUACCUCAUAAUGACUCUGUCUGACUCCCCUGUCUGACUCCCCUGUCUGACUCCCCUGUCUGACUCCCCGGUCUGACUCCCCGGUCUGACUCCCCCAUGUCUGUGUGUCCCAUGUGUGUGUGUCCCGUGUGUGUGUGUGUGUGUUUUGUACUGUGUUUGUGGGUAAAAUGAAGCAGAGUAUUUAAAACGGUAAAUGAAGCAGCCAGCUGCAAAUAACAGAAAACAGACCAUUAUUUAUUAAAGGGUUCCUGGUUCUCAGCA